AUGAAGCCGCCAGAAUUUCUAGGGGGUAUGGAACCACUGAAAGCUGAGGCUUGGGUUUUAGAAACUGAGAAAAUAUUUGAAGUAUUUCCGUGUACUGAGGCACAAAAAGUUUUGUUGGCGACAUUCACACUUAAAGAAAAAGCUAGGAGAUGGUGGAUGUUAGUACGGAAUGAUAAUGAGGGUAUGACAUGGGAUCGAUUUAAAGAAAUUUUUUUCAAAAAAUAUUUUCCCCAAUGCAUCCGAGAUAGGAAGGUAUCCGAAUUUGAACAACUAAAACAAGGCAAUAUGACUGUGGCCGAAUAUGAAGCAAAAUUUACUAAACUAGCCCAAUAUGCACCACACAUGAUCGACACUGACUAUAAAAAGGCUAGAAAAUUUGAAGGUGGGCUUGACCUAGAUGUGUAUGACCGAGUUGGCAUUUUAAAAUUGCCGAAGUACGUGGACGUUCUUGAUAAGGCCUUAAUGUCUGAGGCAAACAUAGCAGCCUUGAGAAUAUCAAAAUCAACAUCAUCAACUGAAUCAGAAAGAAUGAAAUAG